AUGUUCAAAGUAUACACCGAGCGCGCGGAGCUGCUGCUCGAGGACUGUCGCGCCGGCGCCGGUCCGUGGCUCCGCGUGACUCCCACGGCGUCGUCCACCGGCGUGGACAUCGAGUCCCUCAGCGCCAGCGCCGUGCAGCCCAGCGACGACGCGGCCUCCAUCGCAAUCCACGCGGUAUACGGCGUGUAUACGCUCCUGAGCGGUCCGUUCCUGGCCGUCGUCACGGACUCGCGCGUAGUCGGCUCGGGCCCCCGCAGCGAGAAGAUCUUCUGCAUCCUCGAGCUCACGCUCGUGCCCGUGAGCGCCGCCGCGUACCAGAGUUUCUUCAAGCACGCGAGCGCCCGGGAGCGCCAGGACGAGCGCGCCUAUUGCCGCAUGCUCACGACGGCGCUGGCGUCCCGGACGUUCUACUUCAGCUACGACCUCGACCUAACCCUAUCGGCGCAGAAGCGCGCGUCACUUGCGCUGUCGUCCUCGUCGGCGCCGCUCUAUGCGCGGGCAGAAGCGGACUUUUUCUGGAACCAACCCGUGCUGAGCAAGUGGAUCGACUUGGAGCUCAGCGCGUGGAUCGUGCCCGUGAUCUCGGGCUUUGUCAAAGUGCUCAAGAAGUGCGACGUGAACGGCCAGCGCUGCGACAUUUUGCUCGUGACUCGACGCAGCUGGCGACGCGUGGGCACGCGGUUCAAUGUGCGCGGCGUGGACAAAGACGGGAGCGUGGCCAACUUUGCCGAGACGGAGAUGCUGCUGGUCAAGCCGUCGCGGGCCGUGUGCUCGUACGUGCAAGUGCGGGGGAGCAUCCCGCUCUAUUGGGACCAGAUGGUCACGCUGAAGUACAUGCCACGCACGCGGUACGCGUUUUCCGGCCACGAGAGCGUCGUGGACUGGAACGAACUGGCGUUCCGAGCGCAUAUGGACAAGCUCAUCCAGCGAUACGGUCACAUUACGUGCGUGAACCUCAUUGACAAGGCGGGCAAGAGCGCGACGGUGCGGGAUCAAGCGCAACUUGGCUCGGCGUUUGGCAAAUACGUUAAGAAGUACAACCAACUGUCGAGAUCGGGGGAGGGAACGGGUGCCGUUGCAUCGGCCAUGCUGUUGCCAGCUUCUCCGACGUCGCGUGCCAUGUCACCUCGGCAGCGCAGGAGCAUGUCAGUGGCCUUACCUGGUGCGUAUGGACCCAAUGGAAGCAAUGGACUCGGACUAGCUAACGGCGGCGGACCUGCCGUCGAAUGUCCAGUCAGUAGUGGGUUCACGGCCAAUAGUGACAAGAAGGGCGGAUCUUCUGGUGCGUUGACGCUGCUGGCAUCCGCGUCGCUUCCGAUGAAAGAGAACCCGCUGCCACAAACAGCGGUGCCGUCCGCACCGACGUCGGUGUCGCAGCUCUUUGCCGAGCCGAUUGCGUACGUGUGGUUUGACUUCCACCACGAGUGUCGCAAGAUGGCCUGGCACAACCUGGCCAAGCUCAUGGCCGAGGUGGAGGAGCAGUUCAUGCAGUACGGAUGGUUCGAGUGUGAUAGCGAAGGGCGUGUACUGUCGCGCCAGCGUGGUGUCUUCCGUGUAAACUGCAUGGACAACUUGGACCGCACGAACGUUGUGAUGAGUCUCUUUGCGCGGCGUACGGUGCUCAUGGCGUUACAGCUCUACCCGCCCAGCGUCGUUGGUGGUGACGGAGGCGACAGCGUACUGGACUCACCUUACAAGAGCUUCGAGGUCGUGUUCAAGAAUGCAUGGGCCGACAAUGCAGACUAUGUGAGUAAAAUGUACGCAGGAACUGGCGCGCUCAAGACGGACUUUACGCGUACGGGACGAAGAACGAUUGCAGGUGCUUUGCAAGACGGUGCGAACUCAGUCACGCGGUAUUACCUCAACAACUACUCGGAUGGCAUUCGCCAGGACUCGUUCGAUUUACUGGUUGGGAACUUCACACCGGACAAGCGGGACGAGUCGCCGUUCACUUUCCAGCAACAGCACAGUCUUCUGAAUAUGACGAUGGAGGCAGCGCUCGCCAUGCUCGCAGUCGUUAGCGUAUCACUCAGUAUGCGCACGGAAUUGCCGGUGGUGACUCGCGUGCGUGACGGUGUGAUUGCAGCAUUGGCACUCUUUACCGUGACGGGAUACCUUAUCAUCAAAAAGGGCAUGUUCCGCUCGAUUGGAAGGCGAUACGUGUGCAAGCCAGCGUUUAGCUCCAGCGGCUACAUUCGCCGGAAAACUGCUUAG